AUGUUCUCGUCUUCAUCCAGAAACUCUCUGUUCUCGCCGUGGUCGUCCAUGGAGCAGUCGGACUCUGAAGCGUUGGACAUCAGCACCAAAGUGCAGCUGCACGGGGUGCUGUGGAAGAGGCCCUUCGGACGGCCGUCGGCCAAGUGGUCCCGCAGAUUCUUCAUCAUCAAAGACAGCUUCUUGCUCUACUAUGCAGAGAGCGAGAAGAGAAACUUUGAGACCAACAGGUACUUCAACAUCCACCCCAAGGGAGUCAUUCCUUUGGGAGGAUGUGUGGUGUCAGCUAAUGAAAACAUGGGCAUGCCCCAUGGCAUCGUGGUCAACCUGGAAGACUUCACUGGCACCAUAGUCCUGGCUGCUGAGUCUGGGGAGGAGCAGGUCCAGUGGAUGGAGAUGCUGCAGGAGUCGGGGAAAGUCACGUGGAAGAACGCCCAGCUGGGGGAGGCCAUGAUCGAGAGUCUGGAGGCUCAGGGGCUGCAGCUGGCCAAGGAGAAGCAGGAGUACCUGGAUAAACUGAUGGAAGAGACUGAAGAGCUCAGUCAUCAAAGAGCACAGAGAGAGGAGCUGGAGCGUCUGAACCAGGUUCUGGAGGAGGAGAAGCUGAAGUUUGAGGAGGUGGUGGUGGAGCUGAAGGCGGAGCAGGAGCAUAUCAAACUAGACCUGGACGGCACAGCUCAGUCCCUGAGAGGUGUCGAGAGUGAAAAAGAAGAGCUGAGCAGUCUGACCAUCAUGCUGCAGAAAUCCAUCGAGGAGCUCUCUCAGGAGAAACAACGAACCCUGGAGCUGCUGGGGGUGAAGGAGCGGGGGGAGAAGGAGGAUGAGGCCACAGAGGAGAGCUCGGCUCAGUCUGAGGAUGGCGAGGACCCCGGUGCUGUGGACCUGCUGCAGGACCUGCGACACAUCGAGGAUCAAAUGAAGAUCCUGCUGAAGGAGAAGGAGCAGGCUGAGGACAAGCUCAGGGAGAACGAGCAGCGAGCUACAGUCCUGCAGCAGGAGAGGGAGUUCUACUCGUGUCAGGCCCGGACGCUGCAGCAGUCGCUCUCUCAGCUCACUGUAGACAAGCAGCAGACUGAGGCUGAGCUCAAGGCAGAGAUAGAGUCUCGUGUGGAGCUGGAGAAAAGACUGAAGCAGGCCGAAGAGGCUCUGCAGGACCUGGAGAGAGGCCUGGACUCAGUGGAACGGACCAAAGAGACAGACGAGAAGAUGAAGGGGGAUGUGACUCAGCUGAGGAAAUUCUUUGAAGACUGCAUCUGUGCAGCAGAAAUCGAGGCGAAGCUUCCAUCGAUAAUGAAGAAUGCUGUGUAUCUGCACAAAGCUGCCGCACGCAGAAUCAAGAGCUGCCGAAUCCAAAGGAGAGCCUCCAGACGCCACUGGUUAAAGCACUCAAAGUCUUUUGCGGUAGCAAAUGCUGACAGCGGCGACAUAGAGGAGCUGCGGGAGACGGCCCGACGACUGACCUCUGACAGCAGCUUCAGAGAGAGUGUGUACAAGAUCAUCGCUCGCAAGGACGCCACGAACAAAACAGAGGACUGAGAGAAGAGAGAGCGAGGUAAAAGAGGAGAAAUGGUCCUUAGCUUUACAGUCCACACAGUGAGUGACGUAGAGAUCCUGAUCCCAAACCUGCCAUUGAGAUACUGUAGAUGACUGUACACAGAAAUCUGUCGGAUGGCAUCUCUGGUUGCAAUCUUAAGAGUUUUUAACUGUACUAAGUUUAACAGACAUUGGGUAAACUUAUUAUGUGUUAUAGCUCUGAUGUCUGUCAUGAUUCACUGGUUAAAGCAUUUCACCCAAACAGUUCCAGGAACUCAGGAACUGAAAGUCCCCUGAAGAAUAAGCAAAUUAGAACAAUAAAUGAUGAA